AUGCUUAGAGUUUCACGUUUAUAUUCAAGAAACCGUGCUGGUAGAGCAUUAGCAACCAUUAAACGUUCCAAUUCUUCAGUAUGCGGGGCAUAUUUUCCAGAUGAGCCAUCAAGACCAGAAUUGAAUACUGAGAAAAUCCCUGGACCCAGUGGAAUCAAAUUAAACAAAGAGUUGGGAAAGGUGUUCGAUAAUAGAGCAUCAAACUUCGUUGCAGACUAUUAUAAUUCAAUCGGAAAUUACAUUGCAGAUGCGGACGGUAAUAAGUUGCUCGAUGUUUAUUGUCAAAUAUCGUCGAUCCCGUUAGGAUACAAUAAUCCAGCAUUGAUAGAAACUGCCAAGCUGGAGGCAAUGAUCAAUUCACUUGUAAACAGACCAGCUUUGGCUUGUUUCCCUUCAAUUGACUAUGGAAAGAUAUUGAAUGAAGGGAUAUUAGCAGCAGCUCCUCCGGGUAUGAAUAAGGUAUGGACAGCUCUUUCAGGAUCAUGUGCCAAUGAGACUGCUUACAAGGCUGCAUUUAUGUACCAAGAAGCAAAGCACAGGGGAUCAAUGGACUUCACGAGUGAAGAAUUGGCUUCUGUUAUGGAAAACAAAGCACCUGGUGCGUCAGAAAAGGUGAUUUUAUCUUUUGAUAAGGGCUUCCAUGGAAGACUCUUUGGUUCUUUAUCCACUACUAGAUCAAAGGCUAUUCAUAAGUUGGAUAUUCCAGCGUUCCCAUGGCCAAAAGCACCCUUCCCUCAAUUGAAGUACCCAUUGGAAGAAUUUGCCAACGAAAACCAUGCAGAAGAAGAACGUUGUCUUGCGAUUCUAGAAGAUAUUAUCAAAGAACACCCACCUCAUAAGAUUGCCGCCAUCGUGGUCGAACCAGUCCAAUCCGAAGGAGGUGAUGUACAUGCAACUCGAUUCUUCUUCCAAGGAUUAAGAGAUUUGACUAAGAAGCACGAAAUAUUAAUGAUUGUUGAUGAAGUCCAAACCGGAGUAGGAGCAUCAGGCAAGUUUUGGGCUCAUGAACAUUGGAAUUUAUCUGAACCUCCUGAAAUGGUUUCCUUUUCGAAGAAGUUUCAGGCUGCAGGCUUCUACUUUAGUGACCCCGAAUUACAGCCUAAUAAACCUUUCAGACAGUUCAACACCUGGUGUGGUGAUCCAUCGAAAGCAUUGAUUGCCAGAAGUAUCUAUCAAGAAAUCUCCAAGAACAACCUUGUGAAGAAAACAGCACAAGUCGGAGACUACUUAUACAAGAGCUUGGAAACAGUUUUCUCUAAGUACCCAGACAGAGUCAAGAACUUGAGAGGCAAAAACAUGGGUACUUUUAUUGCUUGGGAUUGUGCAAACCCAGAAGAAAGAAACAAAUUAUUAUUGUCAUGCCGUUCCAAAGGUGUUAAUAUUGGUGGGUGCGGUGAAGUCACCGUUAGAUUGAGACCUACGUUAGUUUUCGAAAACAAACAUGCUGACGUCUUAAUUAAUAUAUUAGAAGACAGCUUAAAAGAGUUAUAUAAAUAA